UUGGAAGAACAUGAGAGAAACUGACAAAGAGAUUGCAACCCACCAAUUAAAGUGUAUUUCCAAGAUAAAGAUGUUUCUGUUGGCAUUGAUGUGUGCAUAUGUCUCCAAAACAUUGUCUGGAUCUUUUCUAAAUUCCAUCCUUACACAGCUAGAGAGACAAUUUAAUCUCUCAACAACUCUGGUUGGACUUAUAAAUGGAAGUUUUGAAAUUGGGAAUCUUUUGCUGAUGGUAUUUGUGAGUUACUUUGGAACAAAAAUGCAUAGACCUAUGUUGAUCGCUAUGGGGUGCAUGACUAUGGGCAUUGGAUGCUUUUUGCAGUCAUUACCUCAUUUCUUAAUGGAUCCAUAUGAAUAUGAGACAACAGUUUCAAAGACAUCCAACUCUUCUUCAAACGAUUUCCUGUGCAUGAGAAAGGAAACUCAGACUUUCACACCAACAGAAGAUCCAUCAGAGUGUACAAAUGAAGUCAAAUCAUCAAUGUGGCUAUAUGUACUAGUAGGAAAUAUAAUACGUGGAAUGGGUGAAACUCCUAUCAAACCUUUGGGUAUUUCUUAUAUAGAAGACUUUGCCAAAACUGAAAAUUCUCCUUUAUAUAUUGGGUGCUUAGAAACAGGAGCUAUCAUUGGUCCUUUGAUCGGCUUUUUGUUAGGAUCAUUCUGUGUGAAAAUGUAUGUAGAUGUUGGAUCUGUGAAUACAGAUGAGCUGGUCAUAACUCCUGCUGAUACACGGUGGGUUGGUGCAUGGUGGCUCGGUUUAUUGGUAUGUGCAGGAGUAAAUGUUCUUUCUGGAGUUCCGUUUCUCUUCUUGCCCAAAUCUCUUCCAAAGGUAGGAUUAGAAACUAAUAUGAAUAUUAUAGAAGAAGAUAAGAGAAAUGAAACCAAAGCAGAAAAGAGAGACAUCACUAUAGAUUUCUUACCAUUAAUGAAAAGUCUUUUUUGCAAUCGAAUUUAUGUAUUAUUCUUGGUCACAAGUAUAUUGCAGUUCAAUGCUUUUGUCAUUAUGUUCUCUUUCCUGCCUAAAUAUAUGGAACAGCAAUAUGGCAUAUCUGCCUCAGAGGCAAUCUUCCUAAUGGGCAUUUAUAACUUGCCUCCAGUAUGCUUUGGAUAUUUAGCUGGUGGUUUCAUUAUGAAGAAGUUCAAGAUAAAUAUGAAACAAGCUGCUUAUACAGCAUUUUGCAUAUCUUUAUUCGACUACUUUUUGAACAUGUUAUGCUUUUUAACAGUUUGUGAUAAUUCUCCAAUUUCUGGCCUAACUGUCUCCUAUGAAGGAACACAACAGAAUGUGUAUAUGGAAAAAAAUGUACUGGCUGACUGCAAUAUUGACUGUAAUUGCCAAGAUAAAAUAUGGGAUCCUGUGUGUGGAGAUAAUAAUUUUUCCUAUAUGUCAGCUUGUCUUGCUGGUUGUGAAGAAUACUUUGGAACAGGAGUGAAUAUGGGCUUCCAAAAUUGCAGUUGCAUUAAAUCUUCAAGAAAUGCUUCAGCCUCUCUGGGACUAUGUGGUAGUACACCAGCCUGCUCUCUAAUGCUACAGUACUUUCUAAUAUUGUCAGCACUCAGCAGUUUCAUUUAUUCUUUAGCAGCAAUACCUGGAUACAUGGUUUUUCUAAGGAGCCUCAAGCCCAAAGAGAAAGCUCUUGGUGUGGGUCUACACAUGUUAUGCACAAGGAUACUUGCUGGAAUUCCAGCUCCCAUUUACUUUGGAGUUUUAAUAGAUUACACAUGUUUGCACUGGGGAACUUUGCGGUGUGGGAAGUCAGGAGCCUGCAGGAUAUAUGAUUCCAUCAACUUCAGAACUAUCUAUCUUGGAUUGUCAGCCAUCUUAAGAGGAGUGAGUUAUGUCCCAGCCUCGCUCAUCGUAUUUAUUUUGAGAAAGCAGUUUCAGCCAGAUGAAAGCAAUACUACAAUGAUGGAGGUGGUCAUUAAAAGGAAGGAAACUGAAGACAAAGAAAUAAAAAUACAAACUAUAUAUUUGAAAGAAAAUGAAAUACAAACAAAAUUAUAAUAUUUAGCUAGAUAUUAUUUCUCAGAAUGGGAAAAACACUGCACAAUUUAUUUACUAUCAAAAUUGAUUAUAAUUUUGUCCUCAUUUAGUGAUAAUACAUAUUGAUGCUUUUCUUUUCAAAAUGUUUUAUUAAUUUUUUUAUUUUAAAUCACAGUCUUUUGUAGAAAUACACCCUCCAACCCAGCUGGAAAUGGAGCUGUCUCUUGUAUUAACAAAAUGCCCAAAAAAUAAAGCAACGACCAAAUCUGAUAUACACAAUUUACCUUCAUAGUCCCUCUCUUCUCUGUUGAGAGGAGGAUAUGUUUCAUUAUCUGU